GUCAAUACAUGACCUCAUAUUUAAAUUUAAUACUCAUUCAGUUCAUUACGAAUUCACCGAAACAAAACAAAACAAAUAGAACGACCUUGUGACCUUAUCGAAGGAUUAUUCAUUAUCAGACACUUCGACAAGAAGACCCACUCGGUUAUUUAUCACAAACAGUGCAUAAAAAUGAACAAAUCGUCUAGUUCUACCAAUUCCUGCACGGAUGCCAACAACCGAAGGACUAUCGAUCCCUUCCAAAGAGAUGCGCAACCGCUCUGUAGUUUCACACGGGUUUCAAUCUAUUUACAUCGAAAAUGUGAGUAAAUAAUCAUUCCAAAAACUAGCAACCGCGUCGAAAUUUAAAAAAAUGUGUCCAGGUGUAGACUUCCUUUUAGUUGUGAUGUGUACUAGGUCGUGACAAAACAAACCAGUUGUUGAGUAAUAAUUAUUAAUGGUUCACCAUUGUUCAGCUUGAAUUUCUUGAUAAUCGAAAUGGGAACCAGUGAAUCAAAACAGACCAAAACAAAAGCCAAGUUGAAAGUGAAGCUAGGAGGCAAAAGAAAAGGAAAAUUCGAAGAUAAUUUUACGGGCGUAGUUCCAGAUGAAGACGAGGGUAAGACCCCUGAAACAGAUCCUCCUGAAAAAGAAAACAACUCAAAUAAACUUCCAAUCAGUGUUUCGAAUGAAGAUACAGCUUUAAUAACAGACUCCUGGUGCGACGUGAACCAUCCCAGUCAAAAAAGUGAUGACAAUGACAGAAAAAUAUUUGCUACGACUCCAUCAAGUUCCGAAUCCCAUUUCACGGAUGCUCAAACUCCUGUUGGAUUCCAUAAUCAAAGUGAAGAAAGCAUAGAUUUGGAUAUAGAGGUCCCUAACUUUACUCAAGGAACAUUUUUGCACGAUUUAACAUUGAACAGCUUCAAACUCAAUGAAUAUAGCGUAAGGCAUAAGAAGCUGAGUAAACUAGGUGUAUCGAAAACCAGCCAGAUUAGUUUGGAUAGCAAUCCUGACGGAUGUUUCGCAUCUGACAAUGUCGAAAUUGUAAGUCAAAUUCAAGAUGACAGUGGUUUUGGUGAUUCUUCCUUGGAAAGGGAUGAUACUCUGAAGAGGAGGUCCAAGGAGUUAGCCGAUGAGGAAACAAAUGUUUUGCAGAUGGUUAAGAGAAUGUCAGAUGUCAACUUGAAUAAUGGUGUUCCUGAUUAUAAGAGGCAUAUGUCUGUGCCUCUAGAUUUGACGAAUGCUGUUCAAGAAAAUGAAGUUUUGAAGAAAGUUGUAUCACUAACACUUAGCAAAACAGAUCUGGAAACAAAAGUCACGAAACCGAAAUUUGUACCAGAAAAAUUGGAUUUUCAACUAUACGAAAAAUUUGAAGUAGGUACUUGAAGUAGUCCAGACAGAUCCACGAAAAUUAGGUAGAUGAGAAAAUAGAUGGCGAA